CCUAGAACCAUCGAGGAGGCGACUGCGAGGGAACAGAGUGACUGAACUAAAAAAGCUCUCAGCGUAAGAGAGGGAGACUGUGCAUGAAGCGGUGCCAGCAGCCACAAAGGUUAUGCUUCUUCUUAAACGACUUGCAUGCGUUACUAGAACUGUAGUUUAGUGGAGCGGUUAGCAGUCGUUGCACUCUCAUGGAGCGUUGGAGGGAAGCAGAAGGUAAAACGCUCCACGAUCCCUUGUUCCAUCUCUGCCCCCCCCUUGCCUUCCAUCAACCGAGCGAUGGCUUCCAUGAGGUGGCGACCAGAGAUGAAGCCGAGCGCAGCAUCUGGGUUCCCGGGUCGAUCAUCGUUGGCGCUGGUCCGUCGGGUCUCGCGGUGGCCGCGUGCCUCGAGGCGAAGGGCGUCCCCAGCAUGAUCCUGGAGAGGUCCAACUGCAUCGCCUCUCUCUGGCAGCUCAAGACGUACGACCGCCUCCGUCUCCACCUGCCCAAGCGUUUCUGCCAGCUCCCCCUCGCCCCCUUCCCCGCCUGCUUCCCCACGUAUCCCACCAAGCAGCAGUUCGUGGCCUACCUCGAGGCCUACGCCCGCCGGUUCCACAUCCGCCCCUGCUUCAACCAGACGGUGGUGAGCGCCGAGUACGACGGCCGCGUCAAGCUAUGGCGAGUGCGGGCGGUCAGGGCCGGGAACGACAAGGCGGCGGAGUACGUCUCCCGGUGGCUGGUGGUCGCCACCGGGGAGAAUGCUGAGGCGGCCGUGCCCGACAUCGAUGGCAUGUCGAUAUUUAAGGGCCCCAUCAUCCACACCAGCUCGUACAAGAGCGGCGAUGAGUUCCAAGGCAAGCGGGUCCUCGUGAUCGGUUGCGGCAAUUCCGGCAUGGAGGUCUGCUUGGACCUCUGCAAUCACAGUGUCCGUCCUCGCAUCGUCGUAAGAGAAUCGGUGCACAUCCUGCCGAGGGAGAUGCUGGGGCGGUCCACCUUUGGGCUCUGCAUGUGGCUCCUAAAGUGGCUCCCCAUGCGCACCGUGGACCGCAUCCUCUUGCUCGUCUCCAGGGUCAUGCUGGGCGACACCCAGCGAUACGGCCUCCGGCGGCCCCGGUUGGGUCCCCUCGAGCUCAAGUCGCUCUCCGGGAAGACACCGGUCCUCGAUGUCGGGGCCCUGGCCAAGAUCAAGUCUGGCGACAUCAAGGUUUGCCCCGCCGUAAAGCGACUGACAGGGCAUGGAGCAGAGUUCGUGGAUGGCAGGUCCGAAGACUUCGAUGCGAUUAUCCUAGCGACCGGCUACAAGAGCAACGUGGCGUCUUGGCUGAAGGAGAGGGAGUUCUUCUCGGAUAAGGAUGGGUUUCCGAGGAAGGUGUUUCCCGAUAGCUGGAAGGGAGAGCAGGGCCUGUACGCGGUGGGGUUCACGCGACAGGGCUUGAUGGGGACUUCCGUGGACGCCAAGAGGAUAGCUCAUGACAUCAAACAGUGUUGGAUGGCCGAACCAAAGCAACGCAUGCUGCCAUCACAAACUUGAGCUCAAGAUUCUUCUUAUGUAAGAAGACGGGUCGUUUUGUCAUGUACAUAUCUGAUCCUGGUUGUGUUGACUGACAAGUGACAGGGAGAAUGAGAAAAAGAGGGAGACAGAGAUUGGAUUGCGAGUUUGUGUAGCGCUGAUGUGAAGUGCAUUUGAAGUUGAUUUCUUUGUUUCUUG